AUGGACCGGAAUAUUAGCCAUCCAGCUGACAAAAAGGGCUACAGCGUCCGAAAUCAGUACACGUCGCAGUUUCCCCAGUACAACGCCGGGCAGAACCAACCCCAGCAGAUCAACUACCCUUAUAGCCCGUUCCAAUACCAACAAUCGCCGCAGACAUACUUCCCACCGCAACCGCCGCUCAUCAUGGCUCCGCACCCUCCUCCUUCGAAGCCAAUCACGGUCCAGACCCAUGGAAUCUCGCCGCUGGCCUACGAGCUGUCGCAACAACUACCGACGCCGCCAUUCGACAAGCUUGAGCCGUCGCCCGAGUCCUUACGUCAGCAGCCGACUCGACGAGCAAAGCGCAAGUCUAAAUUCACCAAGGAACAGGAUCAGAUGAUCAUCGACCUUAAAAAGGCGGGCAAGUCGUGGGUUGAGAUUGCCGAGCUCGCUAACGUAGGCAACUUUCUGGCCGCUCGCAACAGAUACCAGGUCCUGAUUGGACAGCAGGGCGGCGGCAGCAAUGACUGCGGGCCCGAGGACGUGAUGGAGCUGCGGAAUGUGGUGGACCAAGGCGAGCUGGAAAAAAUUCGGUAUUUGGUGCGGGAGUUUGAAAAAAAAACUGGCAAGGCUGUCGACCAAAAACAGCUCCGCGAGCUGCUGCGGUACCUGUUCUGGAAAAACCCUGGCUUUUUCGAUGUGGACGAGGCGUAUCUGGCGGAGCUCCUUCGGCUACAAUCGAGGUCCACUUGA